AUGACUGGGCUUCUGUGCACCCCGCUGCUCCUGCUGGCCACCCUGGCUGGGGUCCUGGCCUUGAGUUCUGAAGAAGAACUACCUGUGACAGGCGGUGUCCAGGAUGCAGACCCCGAGGAUGAGCAGGUGAAGCACGCCCUGGACUUCGCCAUCAGCGAGUACAACAAGAACAGUGACGACAAGUACUACAGCCGCAUGCUGAAGCUGGUGGGCGCACAAGAGCAGAUCGUGGCGGGCAUGAACUACUUCCUGGACGUGGAGCUGGGCCGAACCACCUGCACCAAAUCCCAGCCCCACCUGGAGAACUGUCCUUUCCAUGAGCAGCCGCAUCUGAAGAGGAAGGCGUUCUGCUCUUUUCAGAUCUAUGAUGUUCCUUGGCUGGGCACAAUGUCCUUGAUGAAAUCCAGCUGUCAGAAUGCCUAGGGGUCUGCAUCACGUGGGCCAAGCCAACCCCCUCUCCACCCCCUUGACCACUUCCCUCCCCUGGCUGGCAUCUCUUCCCUGCUCCGGCACCAGGAGACAGAGAAGGAUGCAGAGGCCACUGUUGACAGCAGGUGGCUCCUGUCUUCCCACUGUCCCCACUUCCUUCAAGUGCAUACCCCACCACUCCCUCAAUAAAGAGUAGCAUCAGCUUGGUGCUGCGCCCUUGUGUGA